AUGGCUCGCCUUGAGGCGCGCCAUGGCGCGUUUUUUAGAACCAUGUUUUUAAUGGAGGUUGAUCAUUUGCAAGAUGUCCCAAGGCCAUAUAUAAAGAUUAAAGGGGCAAAUAAGGAAGUUGUUGUAGCUUGUGGUUCGGCACUCGAGAGUUACCUUGAAAUAGUACUGGAAAAAUUACCAGCAUCUGAUAGAAACUCAAGUGGGAUCAAUACUCAACAAGUUGCACGGUUGCAACAACUUGUAGAAAACAUUCAAUCUCAGGGUAGCAGUUCAUCAUCUAAGUCAUCACCAAGUACGGAGGUUAUUUCUCCCAUGGAAGUUGUGAUUGAAGAUAUGCAAUCAAAUAUCAAGAGACUCGAAUGGUGGUAG